AUGAGUGCAUCUAAUGAAGAGAUUCGUCCUCUAUUUUUGUCAGAUUAUUCAUUCAAUCCAUUUCUGUUGGAGGCAGAUGAUCCUGAGCUUGAUCUAUGUCAGUUUAUGGAUACCGAUGACAGCUUUGAACUGCCAGGACAUCAAAUGCUUUGUUUAGAGGAGGAGCCGACGAAUUCUUUUAUUCAAACCUUUCCUAUCAACGGAGAGAUAAUAAAUAGUGAUAUGAUGUCUGGGCAGUUAGAAUUUUUUUCUGAACCAGAGAAUUUCAAGACUAUGAUUGAUAAUUCCUCUGCUGGAGCACAAUUUUGUAAUAAGAUGCUACCAAACUGGUCUGACCAAAUCAUGAAAUUCCAAGGAGCUGCUGCAGUGGGAACAUGCGUUGACGAUGACCUCGAUUGUGAAGGGACUGUGCAUGGAGACGAAGAGGAAAAGCUGGAAUUGGUUCAACUUUUCUUAGCAGCCGGACAAAUGAUAGGGAACGACGAAUACGAUCAAGCUUCUCUUCUGGUCAGUAAAUGCAAGCAAUUGUCUUCUCAGCUGGGGAGUCCCACACAGAGGGUGGUCUAUUAUAUCUCCGACGCUCUACAGCAGAAAAUCCGACGCAACACUCUUGGCAUCGUAGACAACGCAUCUAAACCAGUUUCAGAUUUUGCUUUCAAUAUUAAUGGUGAGUUGGACAAAAAUGAAUUUUGUAGUCUCGUUGCUUACUACACUAGAAUUCUGCCACAUAUCAAAGUGCUGCAGUUCACGUCUGUUCAGGCAACCAUAGACGCCGUGGGGAGUGCAAGGAAAAUUCAUAUAAUUGAUCUGGGGAUGAGAACUGGAUCGCAAUGGACAGUAUUAAUGGAAUUUCUUGCACACAGAGCUGCUGCUGGUUCUAGUUCUAGGCUUCAGAUUCUGAAGAUGACAGCAGUUGGGAUGAAUGGCCAAGAGCUUAGGAAAAGCGGGAGAAGACUUUAUGAGCUCGCUAAAUCUUUGGAUAUUCCAUUCGCGUACAAGAUUGUGGAGAUCAAAAGCCUAGAGGAUAUCAAGAAAGGCCUAUUCAGCGUUAGAUCUGGUGAGGCGUUGGCAGUUUAUGCUCCAAUUGUUCUGAGAAGUUUGUUAUACGAUCCUGUAAUUCUGGUCAAUAUUCUAUGUGCUAUCAGGAAACUAAGGCCUCGGAUAAUGGUGACUGUCGAAAUAGAAGCGAGGCAUAAUUCUCCAUCUUUUGUGAAAAGAUUGAGCGAAGUGCUUUACCAGUACAGCGCUUUUUUCGAUUUGCUGGAUUCCAUCUUUCCAGACAGAAAUGAUGUAAAGAGGGUAAAGCAUGAAGAAUUAAUUGAUGGAAAUCAGAUAAGGAAUAUGAUAGUCUACGAGGGAGACGAGAGGACAGUGAGGCAUGUUACAAUUGAUGUGUGGAGGUCUUUCUUCACACAAGCAGGGUUCAAGGAAAUGAUCUUCAGCUUUCAAGCUUUAUAUCAGGCAAAACUAUUGUUAACGGAAUAUGCUACCGGACACUAUUACACUCUGGAACCUGUUGAACAUGCCUUAACUGUAGGGUGGAAAGGAACGCCAUUAUUUGCACUCUCUGGAUGGAGUGGUAACAAAUGA